AGGGGUUGAAACUUUUGCAGUUCCUAUUUUGCCCAUCCUCGCGUCAUGGUGGAUAUGAGAAAUUGGACUGAAAAUAGAAAAGAAUUUGUUUAUAUUGUGAAAUAAAAGGUCGCUCUUUCGUUAUUUUUUACUGGCAUAACGGAUUUUGUGUUUUUAUCAUGGAAGAUGGUGUGAAAGAGGACACAGCCAAGCCCAAAGAGGCAAAGUUCAUUGGGAAGGAGGGCUGGCUGAAGAAAUCCUCUGGGAGGUUCCUGGUGUCCUAUAAGGACCGCUAUAUCCAACUGGAAAAGACUGAGGUCGUGGUCUAUGAGAAUGAGGACUUAAAGAACUGCUUAGAGAGGGUGGACUUGGAGAACUACGACAAAUGCCAUGAAUUAAGGAGUGCAUUCAAGAAGAAGAACAGACUGGUUCUAAUACGAGCCCCACAGUGUGUGAAUAAGGUCCAGGAUAUCAAAAUUCAGGCACAAAAUCCUGAAGAGAAGGACGCCUGGAUUAAAGCCUUCACUGAUGGAAUCAGCAGAGCCAAAAACAAAAUCUUUGACGAGGUGACGGUUGAUGAAAGUAUUUCUUUAGAGCAUGUGACACGCACAAGACCCAAGGGAAACCAGGGCCGCAGACCGCCAACAAGGAUACACAUGAAGGAGGCUGCUAAUCUGUCAUCAGAUGGGAUUCUGAGAAUGGAUCUUGAUGAGUUUGACAACACACCCAAUGGUACACAUCUGGUCAACACUGAGGUAGACGCCUCUAAAGAAGCUGUGAAACCACCAAUGCCUCCAUCUAAGCUCAGUGAAAGCCCACAGGAAUCCCCCAAAGUGGAGCCCGCCCCUCCGAAAAAGAUCCUGAAGCCUCCCAUGCCACCCUCGAAAGAGAGCAAACCCAGCCCCCCAGGUGAAGGAGAGAUGCCGGAGGAGGUAGAACGUCCCACUCCAACACCUCCCAACAAAGCCAGUGAUUCUUCAGAAGAGCUUGAUAACACCCAGAUCACUGCAUCUCCAUCUCCAACACCAAUCCCCAUUCACCCCCCAAUGCCUCCGUCAAAAGACAAGAAACCUGCUCAAACAGUACAGUGGGAGAUUGUGCUGCCGUCCUGUGCUGUGAAAGAAGGUGAGGAAGAAAGUCCAGAGGAAAAAUUUUCUGAUGACCAAGGAAAAAAUGACUCAGAUGAAUUGGGAAGCGUGGGAGAUUCUGCUCCCCCUCCUGCGACCACGGCCUUCAAAGCACCAGAGGCUAAGCUUAGUUCUGCUGUCACUGAGGAGUCUGAUGAAACCUCUGCUGAAGACAGCAGUGUGGCACUGGAGGCAGAAGGCAAUCCAGCAGCUGCUAUAUCCUUAAGUGCAGACACUCCAAGGCCAGCUGUACCUCUUACAAAGUCCGCAGAGCCAUCUCCUCAACCAGCGAAAAAGAACCCCGGCCCACCGGCGCCUCGCAAGAAAAAACCUCUCAACCGCCCUGAAGGCAAUCAGCCACGUGAUCUCAAGGACAUAUCAGCUGAAGGUCCCAUUUCUGCAGAAUCAAAGGAUACAAGUCCACCCAAUGAAAGUCUUCAUUCCUUAGUCGUUUCAGAUCCAUCCGAGCAUAAAGAUGGUCUAACUCCAACUGCUGAGCCUAAGAACAAGAUGGCAGCUCCGUCUAAUGGGGAUACAGCUGAUGUCACAGUGUUGCCUGAUCACCAUGUGCAGAAAAGGACACAGGAGGAGUCCAGCGAUGAUGACCCCCAGCGUGGUGACGGCAGCGGAGCUUCACCCUUCAGCGGCCGGGAGCCGGUGCGUGAUGAUGGCCGUGAAGCUGAAGCAGAACCUGCUGAGGGCCACGUGUCUCAGGAGGCCAAAGCCGUCACGGGCGCAACCAGCCCGGCACAGAUGCUGCAGCAGGUGCAGACUAGGCAAAGCAAUGAGCUGAACCGCCCUGCCAAACCACGCAAACCAUCGAUGGGGAAGUCUGCCUCCAUGGGAGACCUGCUCUCUGAGUCAGCAGUGCCGGAGAGGGAAUGGGCUCUCCAGGAAAUCUCCAGAACAUCCCCAAGAAAUGACACAAAUGAGCUGCAUAAUAAAGUGGCCCUGGAACUUGAGGACACUGAAGAGCUCCUUGAUACUCUGUCCUCCGAACGAGAGACGGAGGGCUCCCUGGGUGCCAAGGGGGAGCCGAAGGAUCUUUCGCCAGAACAGCUGCUGACCAGGGCUGUGGAGAAGCUCAGGAAAGCAGACCACUUCUUGCGAGUGGCUACGAGUUUGAAACAGGCCAAUCCCUUGGAGAAAAAGCACAGAAUUAGCUGGUGACCGCAGAUAAAAUGAAACAUGACAGCGGAAUUAAUGACCCUCAAAUGAGCUACGCGUGCACACACACACACACACACACAAUGGCAAAGCAAGGUUAUCCUAUGUAAAACUGCUGAGAAAAUAUGCAACAUAUGCAAGUAUUGUGUUCCUUAUAAAGUGCAAUUAUUUCCACUCAGCAAUUUAUAAUGGAGAGGUCACUCAUUAACAAAUGCUCUACUGUAUCAGGUUGUUUGGAUCAUCACACUCCAAUGAUAAUGGCUUCAGCUUAAUGUAAUACCUGAAAUACAUACAUACAGCAAGAUCAUCUCUGAAGAAUGAUUUAAUUGAGGUUUACAUUCAGAAUUAAUUAAAUGAAAAACCUCUUUAUACUUUUUAGUUCAUUCUGUUUGUCACCAUUUUAUUAUCGAGAAUGCAGACUAUGACUAUGAUAGUAAAUGGGUAAAUUUAGGCCUUUAAAAUCUUACAUUUCCGGUUAUUCUGUGAAGCAUUUCUAUUGUUUUUUAAGUACUUUGUAACACCACCUAUUUUGGAAGAAGCAUAAAUAUAUAGAGUUGCCUCAUGUACAUACAUUUUACUGACAAUUGGAGGUUUAACUGUCCUGAUUGCACAUUGAUUAGGUAAAUUUGUUAAACACAGUGGUCUUCCCAUUUACCAUUGUAAUAGUUAAACUACUCUGCUCUGCUCUUAAUGAGUGCUGAAAACACAGUUUAGUGUGUCUUUUUUCAACCAUCUCAGAAGUCAUCCUCAGUGAUAAUAAUGUCAGACAUUAUCUGUGGUCAUUUAUUUUUGCUUAAUUUUAAUACUGAUUGUGUGUUUGGACAAAGAGCUGUCCUGCUAGUUAAUCCUGUUGAAUAAUUUUGAGGGAAAAUUGUUAAUUACUGUCUCAUGUUCUAAUAUUUUACUUUCUAAUAUUUUCCAGUUCAGCCUAUGACAUGGUGCCUAAGCGUAAAUGUGCAAGAUGUGUAAGAUUUGUUUUUCAAUCCUUUAAAAAAAACAAAAAACUUUUUUAAAAUUUAGCUAGGAUUAGUUUAUUCAUUAAUCAGAUUCUAGCCUAUUGAAGAAGUGAUUUGAAUAACAAUUUUUGUAGUCAAAAAGACUGUUACUGAGAAACUAGCGAUCAGGCUGUUUUGCACUUUCAGUAUGGACUUUGUAGUGUUGUGAGAUAUGUGCCUUGAGCUGUUAUUUUUAACAUUCCAGUUCACAAAUUAGAAACCAAUUUAUAAAUAGUGCACAGGAACUAACUAUUUCCUGAGUGAGUUGCAGCUCACAUCACUUAUUGAAAGGUAUAUAAAGAUGAAGGAACUGCAUACAUGCCUUUAUGCCUGUUACACUUACAUUUACAUGUACAGUAUGUGUAUUUAUGUAAUUGUUUUCUAACAUAUUUGUCUGUUUUGUGGCCAAUUAAAAAAGGAUGUAAUCCAUUUUUAACAAA